UGUAUUUGAGACACGUGUCCAUAUAAAAUAUUUGCUGAAAUGUGUGUGUCGUUUUUUAGAUUUCCGAUGAUAUUUUCAGUGAUCAUAACUUUUGUAGGAUAAACAUUCAUGAUUAUAAAUUGAUGAAUUGUUACGAUGACCAUUUUGGUCUCAAAUAUACGUAACUGGUACAAAAGCGCAACAACAGGGAAUAAAUCAGUACCUGAGAGGAUAAAUCUUGGUAACUAUGUAAUGAUGCAUCUGUGUAAAACACGACCCAUGUUGGUACAAACAAUGCAAAUUUCUGCGCAGUAACUUGUAAUAAAAAUGGCAAAAAGAAUUGAACUAAUAAUACUUGUUAUUCUGCUGAAAUUUGGACUCUUCAUAGGACAGCAAUUAGUAGAAAAUCCUACUACUGAACUAGUGGUGGAACAGGAUGAUACGCUUGUUUUAUUUUCAACACUUAGAGGAUCUCUCAUAGGAGUUAGUCAACGAUCUGGAGAAAUACGAUGGCAACAGGAUAAUGAACCCGUAGUUAAAGUACCUAUUGAUCUGCCAAAUACUAAAAUGCGAAUGUUCUUGCCAGACCCCAGAGAUGGUACACUUUAUUUAUUCGGCAGAGACUCAGAGGCAUUAAAAAAACUACCAUUAACUAUUCCUCAACUGGUAGCCAAUAGUCCUUGCAGAAGUAGUGAUGGCAUGUUGUACACUGGUAGAAAAAUUGAUACUUGGUUUAGCAUUGAUCCAACGACUGGUGAAAGAGAACAACUUUUAAGUUUCAAUGAAGUGAAAAAUACUUGCCCUUUGAAAAUACAGAAUGCCAUUUUUGUCGGUCGCACGGAAUAUAAUAUUAUUAUGGUCGAUAGUAAGCACAAAGACAGGAAAUGGAAUGUGACAUUCUAUGAUUAUUCUGCUGACAAAAUGGAACCUGAUGUAGCUGAUAAUUAUGAUUUGUUACAUUUUACUACAAGUUCAACAGGUCGUGUCGUGACGCUGGAUAAGAGAUUAGGCAUAGUUCUUUGGGAAUUAGAUCUCAAAAGUCCGAUAAUAGCAAUGUAUACUCUAACUGAAGAUGGAUUGCUCACAGUUCCUUUUACAAGUAUUGCUGAAGAGACACUGGAUUCAUUAUUGGGAAGACUUGCAGCAAAAUCAACUGAUAUUCAGUUGUUUAAAACUUUAUACGUCGGACAGCAUCGGUAUGGCCUCUAUGCUUUACCAUCGCUCGUUGACACGGAUAUGACAACGAUAUCAAAUAAUAUUGAGCAUUUGCUGCUGGAAGGUCCGUUGCUAACCUCACAUCUUGAUACAGAUGACAACGAAAUGCCAUUGCCAGGAAAUCACGUUUAUAUAUCUAACAUUGAUGUAGCUAAUGACUAUCAGAGCUUCAAGCGCACUAAAAAUAUCAUUAUGUUAGAUCAUUACAAAGUACAUGCGGAAUAUAAAGCGCAGAAUCAGCCUCUUCAAAUAACUGGGCGAUCUGACCCAAUAAUCGAGUCUUCUGGAUCGAACGUUACCGGUACGAAUUUAUCUAUCGCCAUGCAAACGGAUAUGUCGAACGAUACAGUGCAGUCGGAAAGCAAGCAGAAUUGGCAGAAAGUUAUAUCAAAAACUUACAGCGCUAGCAAAAUAUGGAUAAAUCAGCAAGAGGAUAAGGGUUUAAAGUUAGCCUUGAUUAUACUCAUAGGAUGCAUCAUUGUGAUGUUUUGGUAUAUGAAUACGCAGCUUAAGGGAUUUCAGCAACUGUCACAGGGUUCGCGCGAGAAUAGUCGCACAAGUUCUUUUAAUAAAGAUAACUCUAGUAUUAUGCCGGAAGACAUUGAGGAGAGCAUAGUGAGAGUGGGAAAAAUUACGUUCGACACAAGGCAGGUCCUAGGCAAAGGAUGUGAAGGAACAUUCGUGUACAAAGGUGAAUUUGAUGGUCGUGCUGUGGCCGUGAAACGUCUGCUACCGGACUGUUUUAUGUUUGCUGAUCGAGAGGUGGCCUUACUAAGGGAAUCAGAUGCACACGCGAACGUAGUCAGGUAUUUUUGUACCGAACAGGAUCGUAUGUUUAGGUACAUCGCUUUGGAGCUAGCUGAAGCUACCUUGCAAGAUUACGUAGCAGGCAAAUACAAUAGAGAGAAGAUAUCUGUAAAGAAUAUCUUGUAUCAGGCAACAUCCGGGUUGGCGCAUUUGCACUCUUUAGAUAUCGUCCACAGAGAUAUUAAGCCUCACAAUGUGCUUCUUUCCGUUCCUGGGCCACGAGGUGAAGUGCGUGCUAUGAUAUCGGAUUUCGGCUUAUGCAAAAAACUUCAGCUGGGUCGCGUGUCAUUUUCUCGAAGAUCUGGUGUUACUGGAACGGAUGGCUGGAUAGCACCGGAAAUACUUAAUGGAGAGAGGACGACAUGUGCGGUCGAUAUCUUCUCGCUUGGCUGUGUCUUUUAUUAUGUUCUCUCCAAUGGCAAACAUCCCUUCGGCGAUCCCCUACGAAGGCAAGCGAACAUUCUCUGUGGCGAAAUCAAUUUGAUAGCACUCCAAGAUAUAUCUGCAAAUGACAGAGAAUUAGCGUUAUUGCUCAUCAAAAUGAUGAUUUGCAAUAAUCCUUCCGAUAGACCACCAGCAUUGGCAAUUUGUAAUUAUCCAUUUUUUUGGAGUUCAUUAGAAAUUCUGAAUUUUUUCCAGGAUGUAAGCGACCGAGUGGAAAAAGAUCAAUUGGACAGCCCAGCUUUAGUAGCUUUGGAAACUUGUGGCGAGCGUGUGAUAGAAAACGACUGGAUAUCGUAUAUAGAUGUAGAAGUUGCAUCAGACCUACGAAAAUACAGAAGUUACAGUGGUCAUAGUAUGAGGGACCUACUUAGGGCUUUGCGGAACAAGAAACAUCAUUAUCGAGAAUUAAGUCCAAAGGCGCAAGAGAGUCUCGGCGAGAUUCCUGUCCAAUUUACGGAAUACUGGCUGUCCAGAUUUCCGUACUUGUUGUGUCAUGUGUGGUGCGCGAUGCAGAGUUUUCGAGGCGAGUCGAACUUUAAACGUUAUUACCAUUCUCAAUAUAUUUUUUCGUGCGGUUGUGAAGAGCAACAAGGGGCUAUACGAAUGACCCGAAUGAAAAACACGCUGACAUCAAAUAGGAGGAUUCAUUCGAGUACUAAUCCAACGAAAUAUCGUGGUCAAAGGAAGAAGCAGGAAAGAAAGAAGCAGGAGGAGCCGAUCCCUUGCUUAAUGUCGCCGGCAAAUUAAAUUAUUCUAUAUAAAAUAAUUAUCAAUGCAAAUAGAGAUGAGAGAAGAACAGUAUGUCUGUGCGUAUAUAUCUGGACCGAAAUGAAAUCUAGGUUUAUGAUUAAAUCUUGAUUUAAUUUCAAUAAGAUAUUUAAUAACAUAAGGAAUCACUUUCGAUCCCUUAAGUGUGACAAUGUUUGUAUUACAUAAUUUUUCGCAUAUAUAAAUAUAGUUUUUAGGUCUUAUUUAAAUUUUUGUCUUUUUUCAAAUAAGAAAAAAAAUUUUAAUUUUAAUACAAGAAAAAUACUCGAUCUUGCCUAUCUGCUUUAUUGGACUUUUAAUAUUCAAAUUUUCAUAAGAUUUCCUUAUUUCUUAAGCGAAUUGAGUUUUGAAUUAUUAUUAGGGCAUUAUUUAAACAGUAAAUAAUAUAAAGAUAUUUUUGGAUUAAAGAAUAUAUCUGUGAUCUUUCACUAAACUUACUCGCUUAUUCACACGUACAGGAUGAAAAAAGUCGCGGACUUCUGAAAUAUCUCGGAAGAAGUAAGGAGGAGGGAUAUAGAAAAAAAAAUGUUAAAUAUCAAAGUAGUAGGAUUCAAAGCGGGGCAUUUGAUGGUGACCUUGACUUACAGGUCAAAUUUAAGGGUUAUUUCAAGAUUAACUUGGAAUUUGUGAACGGGAACCCCUAUUUUUGAUUUCAGAAAUGAAAAAAAUAGAAAAUUUUACGUUUAGAUAAGUGGUCAUGUUACGGAAUUAAAUUGAUCCCUAGAGAUCCCUAGAGAGAACAUUUGAAGGUCAAAUCAAUUUUUAAAUGAAUAUUGGUUCAGGACAGCAUUUUAGAGAAAAAUUAGUUAGAUACGAAAAUUGUAAUUGCAGUUGUAGGGUUCAAAGUGAGGC